GGAGAGUAAUUUUGUCUUUAAGAAAAAAGGAGUUUUAUGUUGCCAGAAAGCUGAUUUCGAGAUUUCUUCUCUUUUGCAAAAACCAAAAACUCUUUUUCAUAAAUUUUUAAACGCCUCACCCAAUUCUGCUCCGAUUUUAGCUAAUACAGUCUUCACUCCCUUCUUGGUGAGUCAUAUUCAACACUCAGUUCACGUGCGUCUGCAAGCCGGCGGCAAAUGGAGCCAGAAAAGAGCAAGAUACUGAUAAUCGGAGUAACAGGCCGUCUAGGUUUUGAACUGGCAAAGGUCAGCCUCAACUCCUUGCAUCCCACAUUCGGACUCGUCAGAGACUCAGCAUUUUCCGACCCCCAUAAAUCCCAAAAGCUUCAUUUCCUUUCCGGCGCUGGUGUUACACUCAUCAAGGGGUCGUUGCAAGACCAAGAUAUCCUGAUUGAAGCACUCGAGCAAGUUGAUGUGGUGAUUUGUGCUGUUUCAUCUAAGCAAGUCCUCGAACAAAAGCUUCUGGUUUCUGCUAUCAAGCGUGCUGGUUGCAUUAAGGUCGUAGUCUGUGUUACGUUUCCUUCUUUUGUAUGACUGCACUUUUCAUUUAACUUUCCUUUUUACAUAGUUAGUUUUGUCUGUUACAAAUGUCUCAACAGAGAGCUGGCUCUGCCAACAAUUUGGGUCUUAUUUGUUCAUUCUAUUGGGCUCAUAAAUCUUAUCAUCCUACUAACCUGAGAUUUUAAAUUUGUUCUCUGGUAGUGCUAAUUUGAUUGACCUCUUGUUCUUUUUUUUUCUUUCCAUUUCUGGAUUGAUGUGAGGAUAUUGUAGGCCUGAAUGGAGUUCAAUGAACAGAAUAUCUAUACGAAUUCA